UCAAUUUAGAAUUUUAUAUAAAUGAACUCGAAUUCUCCGAGAGGUAUUUCAGUAAGCCCCAUGCCACCUGCGAUCGUGAAUCCUGAUGAUGCCGUGGCUGGAAGCACACUACCUGCUAUUGUUCCAAUGCAAAAUAACUUUUCAAUCGAGACUAGCAAAGGAAUGGAUAACUCAAACUGAAAAGAUUUUUCAAAGGGAGGCGAUUAUUCUACUAAAGGACCAGAUCAAGUGAUGAAUCAGAAUGUCUAUUCACCUGCUGGUCCUGCGACUGGAAUGCAGACUAAUGCAGUACAGAUGUCAGGUAAUAGACAGAAUCAGAUGCUUGGUCCUCAGCCACAACAUCAUGGGAUACUUAGGCCUUCUCCUCCUAUUGCACCUAAUCCUUAUCCAGUCAGAGCUCCUAUGGAUGUACAAAGAGCAGUUCAAGGUGAGAAAAGAUGGAAGGGCGCCAACUGUCUUGACUGUAUCACCAAGCUCAAAGGUGAUGAAGAAAGACAAGGAUUUCUCAGAAAAGUGUUCGGGAUCCUUACAGCUCAAACUUUGUUCACAGUAGGUCUCUGUGCAAUUGUCUUGACCCAUCAGGAAAUAGAAGAUUGGCUGCAGGACAACAUCUGGUUCUACUUUGUUUGUUUAGCUUUGACGAUAACUCUAAUGAUCGUGUUGAUGUGUUUUAGAAAACCAGCAAGGAAAGUUCCACUGAAUUAUAUCCUUCUAUUUACAUUUACCUUCUUUGAAUCAAUGAUGGUUGCAACCAUCACUACUUUUUAUGACUCUAAAUCCGUGAUCAUCAUGGCAGGAGUUGCCUUGGUAAUGUUCGCGACUAUAGCAACUGUCUCUCUGUUUACAAGUAGGAGACCACAUACCCUCGCGAUGAUGAUUUACUGCUGCUUCACAAUUAGUUUGACAUGACUCUUCCUCAUCAUUUUUAUCAAUAGCAGAUGGGUUGUAACUCUAGUCAGCGGUGUCAUGCUGGUCAUCUGUUGUGUCUACGUCAUGAUAGAUAUCGACCUGAUCACAGAGAAGCACGGACUGGAUACAGACGAGUACAUUAUUGCAGCCUUGUUCCUUUACAUGGACCUUGUCAUGAUCUUCCUGUACUUGCUUUCGCUCUUCGGAGAGAGAAAUUAAUCUUAAUUAUCUGGCUUUGAUGAGCUAGCACAUUUAAAACAAUAUUUGU